GUCUUUUUUCGAAUUAAAAGAAUAAGGGAAGUGAAAGAGGAGAAGAGAAGACAAGACCAUGAGAAGAAGUAAACAAAACUGAAAAAAAUUCUCCACUUCUCUACUUCAGGAUCGGUAAAGGUAUGGCUAUAUCUGAUGGGGUUGGUGAUGCGGGGCCGGCUAUAUUGCAAUUGCAUACUUGGAGACCCUCUGAAAAGCGAUUAAUAAGAAACCUGUCAGAGUUUCGCAAUGGUUCUAUUUCUCCAUCAAGAGAGCUUUUAUUAUUGCUUACGUACCAAUGCGAAGCGUUGUUGCUUCCUCUAGUUAAAGAGCAAUCAAGAUAUAGUAGGGACACUGAAAUUAGUCGUUGUGAAGAUCUAAAGAAUCCUCAUUUGGUAGUUUCUGGGUUGGACUCGAGGGAGAAUUCGUUAGGCACUUCUGCAGCAUUGGACGUGGGCCUGAGUAAUGAUCCAUUAAUGGAACUUCCAGGUCCGAGUGGUUGUGAUUAUAUAAGUGAUGUACAUUCUUUGGCUUGGGGUCUGUGUGGAGAUACGAACAAGCAGCACGAAGAGACUUCAUUUAGGGAACUGCUUUUUGUGUCAGGCAACCAUGGAGUUACUGUUCAUGCUUUUUCUAAUUCUUGUAAAACUGAUGAAGUGUUGAGACCCAUGGAAGAAGGUGAGACUUUACAAGGAGGGUGGGUGGAUUGGGGACCAUCGUUAGAUGUUUUGCACAAUAUGGAGGGUGUAGAGGACUCCAGAUUGGCUGAUGAAGCCUCUGGGGCUGCCUCUUGUGAGAGCAGUAGUAGUGAAAGGAGCGGACUAUGUACUUAUAUGGAAGCUCCAAAGGAUGACAUUUCUAGCUUAGUUGCUCCCAGAAGAUGGUUGCGUACUUUCUUAACAAAAGUUCAGACAGUGAAGUCUGAUGGUCACUUAUGCACUAGAUUACCGGAGAAGUUAUCAUUUCCUCCUUCUGCCAACAUCAUCUCAUUUAGCAUUUUCAGUGAUGAUUUAUCUAUUUUGGAGUUUGUUUCUCAUAAAUCUCCUGUGCUGACCCAAAAAGAAAGUUGCACCGUGUCAGUUCAAGAUAGUGGAAACAGGGAGUGUAGAAAUUCAGAUGCAGGUUCAACUAGCACAUUACAAGGCGCUUCUGUUCCAUCUGACUCGGCAAUUGGUGGGAUUGACAGUUCUUGCAAAAUUUUACGAGUUUUUUCUAGCAAUUCGUAUUGUUUAGUUGGUUUUGCCAUAGAAAUUAUACGGCAUAACAACCCUGAUGUAUCUGGAGGAAAAGAGAGUAAUCUUGUAAUUGCUGUGGCUAGGCUAGUCAGGUGGGGAAUGCAAUGGGUUUGCUCAGUCAAGCUUGAUGAAGGUCCUGGUAUAGUGGAAUGGACAGACUUCAAGCUCUCUCCUGGUUUUCUUAUUUGUCUCAGGAAAUCUGGCUUAAUAUCUUUUUAUGGUCCAAUGAGUGGUGAGCAUAUUGCAUCUCUGAAUCUUUUGAAUAUUUGUCGAUUACAUCCUUCUUUAAGUUCCCUAACAGAAGAAGGCUUAGCUUUGAGACACAAUGGAUGCAAUAUGGAUCACAAGGAAGAUGCUGUAUUAUCUCAUCAAACUGGCAAUUUUGCUGGUACAAGAAGGUUUCGGAGUCUUCACAUUGUUUCACACUCUGCAUUGUUAGGUGUAGUUGAUGAAUUUGGUGUAGUGUAUGUCAUACAUGUUAAUGACCACAUACCGGGAAUGCGAAAAUCUUUUGAAAAACCACUUCCUGAUUAUCCAUGGUUAGGAAUGGGAAUAUUGGCUGGCUGGGAGGUGGCCAGUGCUGAAAUUGGCUGUCAAAGGGAUAUUUCUGAUCUUUUGGGAUGCCAAAGUGUUAGUAGUUCACUGGACAUAAAUAAAAGUUUCAUGUCUGGAGUAAAGGCAGAAAAUCAUGAUACAAGUGCAACCAGUGAAAGUGAUACCAAGAAGCAAAGGGAUAAAUCUAACUUGUAUAAAAGUAGUCAGCAUGCUGCAUCCCAGGUAAUAGAUAAGAAGAAGCUUGUUGGCUCUGAUUUACCAUCAAGUUUUAUGAGACAGAUAUUCCUUCCUACUGAUAGAUCUAAUGAAGAUGAUAUUGUUUGUUUUUCUCCCUUUGGAAUCACUCGCCUUGUUCAAAGAUUCAACUGUCGUGAAAACAGCAAAUUUAUUGUUCAUUCGAACUUGCUUUUGGACUUUGCUAUAAAUGAUGAGAGAGAGUAUAAAAGGCAAGGUUGGGAAGCUUCUAUCAAAGAGGCCAUUGGUUGUGUUUUCGAGGGUUGUCUAUAUUUGGUGACGGAGAAUGGUCUUUCAGUUGUUCUUCCUUCUCUCUUAGCUUCUUCGAGUUUCUUUCCUCUUGAAGCUAUUGGAUACCGACAUCUAAGUCCUGCUACUGGAACUAAGCUUGAGAUUGAUGAACGUUUGGGAAUUGAAAUAUCCAAAAAUCCUUGGCCACCUUGGAAGGUGGAGGUUCUGGAUAGAGUACUGUUAUACGAAGGCCCUGUGGAGGCAGAUCAAUUGUGCCAGGCAAAUGGAUGGGACUUGAAAACUUCCCGAAUAAGGCGCUUGCAGCUGGCUCUGGAUUACCUGAAGUUUGGGGAAAUUGAAAAUUCUCUGGAAAUGCUCGCUGUUAUCCAUCUUGCUGAAGAGGGCAUCUUGAGAUUGAUCUUUGCUGCUGUUUAUCUAAUGUUGGAGAAAGUUAGUAAUGAUAAUGAGAUUUCUGCUGCAUCAAGGCUCCUUGCACUGGCAUCCAGCUUUGGAAUCAAGAUGAUACGCAAUUAUGGUUUAUUACAUCAGCAGAAGGAACUUUUGGAUCAGAAUGUAAGAGAUGUCCAAGAAUUUCCCAUUCUACCUGCAGCAGGUGAUGAUGGAUCAGAACAUUUGAGGAGGAUGUCAGAUAUGGCUCACUAUUUGGAGAUCAUCAGAGAUUUACAGAUGCGACUGACUACCAAAUUCAGACGGCUAGGUCAUGGAAUGGUGGAUGGUCCGAACGCCUUACAGGUUAUGGAUGAUCUUGUGGAGGAUGAAUCCAAGAUUUCAGUUCCUUCUGGGGAUGCAUCAUUGUUGGCUGCUGCAAGCCAUCAUGAAUCUGUGCUUCCUGCAUCUGAAAAUGCAGAAAAUUUGGCUUUGAUCCCCAUGGACACAUUGAACAAUGAAACAUCUCUUGUUUCUGAAGGAAGCGGUCUUGGAAAAAGAAUUUUUACCCCAGAGAAUCCGAAAGAUAUGAUUGCACGUUGGGAAUUGGAUAAUUUGGACCUUAAGACUAUAGUCAGAGAUGCCUUAGUUUCUGGUCGACUUCCUUUGGCAGUUCUUAAAUUGCAUCUUCUUCGUUCAAGAGAAUUUUUCACUGAGCAAGAUACACAUGACACAUUUAAUGAAGUUCGUGAUGUGGGAAGAGCCAUUGUUUAUGAGUUAUUACUCAAGGGAGAGACAUCUCUUGCUGUAGCAACUUUGCAAAAGCUUGGUGAAGAUAUUGAAUCUAGCCUUAGACAGUUGCUUUUCGGGACUCUUAGGAGAUCUCUUCGUUCGCAAUUGGCCGAGGAGAUGAAAUUAUAUGGCUAUCUUGGACUGCGUGAGUGGAACAUAUUGGAGAGGAUAUCACUUAUUGAGAGGGUGUACCCUUGCAGUAGUUUUUGGAACUCAUUCAGCACUCGGUGGAAUGAGUUGAAGCAGGAAUCUUGCAGAAAUACAUCAGAGGGAAUCAGUUUCAGAGUAUUGCAUCCGCUACAUAAGGAUCUUAUAAUUGCAUGUGGUGAUAUUGACGGGGCUGUGUUGGGAUCCUGGACAAGCAUAAAUGGACAUCCUGUUCCUCCUGAGGUUGAUGAUGACAGCUGUCAUGCUGGGUACUGGACUGCUGCGGCUGUAUGGUCUGAUGUCUGGGAUCAAAUUACCAUUGAUCGUGUAGUGCUGGAUCAACCUUUUCUUAUGGGUGUUAACACUUUGUGGGAAUCACAGCUUGAGUACUACAUGGGCCACAAUGACUGGAUGCAGGUUUCAAUGCUCUUAGAGGUGAUUCCAUCAUAUGCAUUAUCUGGUGGGGCACUAAGCAUUAGACUGGACUCUAUGCACUCUGAUUCAGUGGUUGAAUAUGGCCGGGAAAUCCCUGACUAUGCCAAUUACGUAUGUUCACUUGAUGAACUGGAUGGUGCGUGCAUGAAUGUCCCAAACAUUAAGAUUUUCAGGUUUCCAACCAAUGAUAUGUGCUCCAUGUGGCUAAGAAUGCUUAUGGAGCAGCAGCUUGCUAAGAAAUUUGUGUUUUUGAAGGAUUAUUGGGAAGGGACUGCAGAGAUAGUGCCUAUUCUAGCACGGUCAGGUUUCAUAUUUGACCUACAUGGUUCUUCAACCCUGGAGGAGUCGGGUGAGGGCUUGACAGAGUUUGUGCUUUCAGUUACUGAUGCUACAUUUCAUCCCGGUGCUAUCCUUGCUUUACACAAACUUAUGGUGCAAUUCUGUGCACAAUGUAACCUCCUGAAUCUCUUGGAUAUUUAUUUGGACCACCACAAAUUGGCAGUAGAUCAAGAUUCUCUUUCUUUGGUGCUGGAUGCUGCAGGAGACAAUCAGUGGGCAAAAUUAUUGCUCUUUCAAAGGGUCAAGGGAAAGGAAUAUGAAGCAUCAUUCUGUAAUGCGCGUGCUGUAGCAUCGCACAAUUUUCUUCCUGGUAACAAUAUCGGUGUACUAGAUGUUGAUGACAUAAUGCGUACUGUGGAUGACAUUGCUGAAGGAGCCGGAGAAAUGGCAGCUUUAGCAACCUUAAUGUAUGCACCUGUUCCAAUUCAAGAGUGUCUGAGUAGUGGGAGCAUUAACAGGCACUUUAGUUCUGGGCAGUGCACUCUGGAGAACCUUAGGCCAGCUCUGCAGUGUUUCCCUACACUGUGGCGCACUCUUCUGGCAGCAUGUUUUGGACAAGAUCCCAGUUGCAACAUGUUUGGUUCUAAACUACAAGUGUCUGGUUAUUCUGAUUUGCUGCACUAUUUGAAUUGGCGGGAGAACAUAUUAUUCUCUUCUGGACGGGAUACUUCACUUCUACAGAUGCUUCCGUGCUGGUUUCCCAAGGGUGUACGGAGAUUGAUUCAGCUAUAUAUACAGGGUCCUCUUGGUUGGCAAUCCAUGGCAGAUUUGCCAAUAGGAGAAUCCUAUUGGCCAAGGGAUUUGGAUGAUCCCAAUAUCAGUGCCAUGUCAUGGGAAGCUGCUAUCCAGAAGCAUAUUGAAGAACAACUUUGUGCUUCUUCCUCGGAGGAAGCUGGUCUUGGUCUCGAGCACCAUUUGCAUCGUGGGCGUGCACUGGCUGCUUUUAAUCAUCUCCUUGCUUUGAGAGUUCAAAAACUGAAUACAGAAAAAAGAGGGUCCUCUGGAACCUCAGUACCUGGGCAAACAAAUGUGCAGUCAGAUUUACAUGCACUUCUUGCACCUAUAUCUCAGAAUGAGGAAUCUCUUCUUUCAACGGUUGUGCCCCUCGCCAUUUUGCAUUUUGAGGAUUCAGUGUUAGUGGCUUCUUGUGCUCUUCUUUUGGAGUUAUGCGGUUUGUCUGCCAGCAUCCUCCAAAUUGACGUUGGUGCUUUAAGAAGGAUAUCUUCUUUCUAUAAAUCUGGUGAUCAUGGAAAUCAAACAGUGGAACUUUCGCCCAAGGGUUCCGCUGUACAUACAAAAUCUAUUGAAGGAGAUGUAACAGAAUCUCUUGCUCGGGCAUUGGCAGAUGAUUAUCUUCGCAAUGAAUCUUCCAUUUGUGUAAAGCAAAGAGACCUCCAGAACAAUGUCACUGGAAAAUUGCCAACAAGAGCUCUCAUGAUGGUCCUGCAACAUUUGGAAAAAGCAAGUCUUCCAGUUUUUGGUGGUGGGAUGACGUGUGGUUCGUGGUUAGUAACUGGUAGUGGUGAUGGAACUGAGUUGAGGUCUCAACAGAAAGCUGCAAGCGAGAAGUGGAAUCUAGUCACGGUUUUCUGUCAGAUGCACCAGAUGCCCUUAAGCACCAAAUAUCUUGCUUGCUUAGCUAGAGAUAAUGACUGGGUUGGGUUUCUAUCAGAAGCUCAAGUUGGAGGAUACCCUCUUGAAACAGUCAUACAAGUUGCAUCAAAGGAAUUUAGUGAUCCACGCCUGAAAAUUCAUAUAUUAACAGUUUUGAAAAGCAUGCAAUCACGAAAAAGAGUUUUUCAUUCACCAAAUUCAGAUAUUGCUGGGCAACAGUUUGAAGUUUUCAUAUCAGAUGAAAACCUUUAUGCAUCUGUUGAACUCUUUGGUAUAAUAGCAGAAUGUGAGAAACUUAAUAAUCCAGGUGAAGCUCUUCUCUUGAAGGCCAAAAACUUGAGCUGGUCAAUUUUGGCUAUGAUCGCAGCAUGUUUUCCAGAUGUAUCUCCCUUGUCAUGUCUGGCCAUUUGGCUGGAAAUAACUGCAGCAAGGGAGACUUCUGCCAUCAAAGUUAAUGACAUUGCUUCCCAGAUUGCAAAUAACGUUGGAGCAGCUGUUGAGGCUACUAAUUCCCUGCCAGUGGCUGCUAGAGCCCAUACAUUUCACUAUAACAGGAAAAGUCAGAAAAGGAGACGGCUUAUUGAGCCCAUGUUGGAAAAUUCAUUGUCUUUGACAGCUUUUGAUGUAUCUACCACUUCUGGCGGUGCAAAGUUUGAAGAAAUCAUGCCUGAAGAGGAAAGGGGACAAAAAAUUGAUGAAGAUGUAACCGUGUCAUCUAAUUCUGAUGAAGUAGUUAAUUCCCUUUUGAGAAUGGUCGCUGUUCUGUGUGAACAACACCUGUUCCUUCCAUUGCUGAAGGCAUUUGAGAUAUUCCUGCCAUCCUGUUCUCUCUUACCUUUUAUCCGUGCACUUCAGGCAUUUUCUCAAAUGCGCCUUUCAGAAGCUUCAGCACAUCUAGGGUCCUUUUCUGCCAGAAUUAAGGAAGAACCUUCUCAGACACAAACAAAUUUUGCAAGGGAAGGACCAACAGGGAGCUCGUGGAUAAGUUCCAUAGCUGUGAAAGCAGCUGAUGCGAUGCUUUCGAUGUGCCCUUCACCUUAUGAGAAAAGAUGCUUAUUACAACUUCUCGCUGCGACUGACUUUGGUGAUGAUGGAUCUGCUGCAACAUAUUAUCGGCGACUUUAUUGGAAAAUAAACCUUGCAGAACCUUCACUACGUAAAGAUGAUGGCCUCCAUCUUGGAAAUGAGACGCUAGAUGAUGCUUCCCUGCUAGCAGCAUUAAUAAAGAAUGGUUGUUGGGAGCAGGCACGCAAUUGGGCCAAGCAACUGGAGGCUAGUGGUGGAUCUUGGAAGUCUGUUAUACACCAUGUUACUGAAAUGCAGGCUGAAUCCAUGGUGGCAGAAUGGAAGGAGUUCCUUUGGGAUGUCCCAGAAGAGAGGGUUGCUUUGUGGGGCCACUGUCAAACACUUUUUAUCAGAUACUCCUUCCCAGCAUCACAGGCAGGGUUAUUUUUCCUCAAACAUGCAGAGGCAGCAGAGAAAGAUCUCCCAGCAAGAGAGCUUCAUGGACUAUUGCUGCUUUCUUUGCAAUGGUUGAGUGGAACAAUAACUCGGUCUAAUCAGGCAUGUCCUCUAAACCUUCUGCGAGAGAUUGAGACUAAAGUGUGGCUUCUAGCUGUAGAGUCAGAAGCUCAGGUGAAAAGUGAGGGGGAUUUUCCCCAGAGCAAUUGUGGUAGGGAACUUGGGAUUGGGAAGAGCUCCAGCAUUAUGGAUCAUACUGCAGACAUCAUCACAAAGAUUGACAAUCAUUUGAAUUCAAUGAAAAUGAAAAGUGUAGACAGAAGUGACUUCAGGGAGAAUAAUCAGACACAAUUAAAGACCCAUCAAGCAUUAGUAGACGACUUUAUGGCUUCCACCGGAGGGAACAGCAAGGCAAAAAGGAGAGCCAAGGGCUUUGUGCAAUCAAGACGGCCUUUAAAUGAUGCAGUGGAUAAAAGCAAUGAGUUUGAAAGUGUCUUCUUCUCCCAGAGUCACAGAGAUGAUUCACAAUUAGUGGAUGACAACUUUAAAUUUGAAGCAUCCCUUUCAAGGUGGGAGGAAGGAGUUGGACCUGCAGAGCUGGAAAGAGCCGUUCUUUCAUUGUUGGAGUUUGGACAAAUUGCAGCUGCCCGACAGCUGCAACAUAAGUUGUCUCCAGGUCAAAUUCCAUAUGAAUUUGUUGUCUUGGAUGCUGCUUUGAAGCUGGCUGCUCUCUCAACUCCAAACAACAAAAUGUCUGUCUUGCUAUUGGAUGAUGAAGUGCGCUCUGUGAUACAGUCUAACAAUUUCGUGGCUAAUCAUCAUGUGAUUGAGCCACUUCAGGUAUUGGAGGGUCUAGCAGCCAUACUUGCUGAAGGCCGUGGGCGAGGAGUUUGUAAGAGAAUUGUGGCUGUUGUAAAGGCUGGAAAUGUUUUAGGUCUGCCAUUUUCAGAAGCAUUUGAUAAGCAGCCAAUUGAACUAUUGCAGCUUCUUACUCUCAAAGCACAAGAUUCAUUUGAAGAAGCAAAUCUCCUUGUGCAAACGCAUUCUAUGCCAGCUUCUAGUAUUGCUCAUGUUCUUGCAGAAUCCUUUUUAAAGGGCUUAUUAGCUGCACAUCGUGGUGGAUACAUGGAUUCCCAGAAGGAGGAAGGACCUGCUCCUUUGUUGUGGAGAUUUUCAGACUUCUUGAAGUGGGCCGAGCUUUGUCCCUCAGAACCAGAAAUUGGCCAUGCGUUGAUGCGUUUGGUGAUCACUGGGCAAGAAAUACCACAUGCCUGUGAGGUUGAGCUUCUGAUACUGUCCCACCACUUCUACAAGUCAUCGGCAUGCCUGGAUGGUGUUGAUGUUCUUGUAGCUCUUGCAGCAACCAGGGUAGAAGCUUAUGUAUCUGAGGGUGAUUUCACGUGCUUGGCUCGUUUAAUAACUGGAGUCGGAAAUUUCCAUGCGCUGAAUUUCAUACUCGGAAUCCUUAUUGAAAAUGGUCAACUUGAUCUUCUUCUUCAAAAGUAUUCUGCUGCUGCAGAUGCAAAUACAGGCACUGCUGAAGCAGUUAGAGGAUUUCGUAUGGCUGUUCUUACAUCACUCCAGCAAUUCAACCCCCAUGAUCUAGAUGCAUUUGCCAUGGUUUAUAAUCACUUUGACAUGAAGCACGAAACUGCUGCUCUCCUUGAGUCACGUGCAGAGCAAUCUUCUCAUCAAUGGUUCCUCCGUUAUGACAAAGAUCAGACUGAUGAUCUACUGGAAUCUAUGCGGUAUUUUAUUGAAGCUGCUGAAGUUCACUCCUCCAUUGAUGCUGGCAAUAAAACACGCAAAGCUUGCGCUCAGGCAUCACUCCUCUCUCUUCAGAUUCGAAUGCCAGAUUUGCAAUGGCUCAAUCUUUCUGAAACUAAUGCACGAAGAGCACUAGUUGAGCAAUCUCGUUUCCAAGAGGCACUAGUCGUUGCUGAAGCCUAUGGUCUUAACCAGCCAAGCGAGUGGGCCCUGGUGCUUUGGAACCAAAUGCUCAAACCAGAACUCACUGAACAGUUUAUGGCCGAGUUUGUUGCUGUACUCCCUCUCCAGCCCUCAAUGCUUGUUGAGCUUGCAAGAUUUUAUAGGGCUGAGGUUGCUGCCAGGUGGGACCAAUCCCAGUUUUCCGUGUGGCUGACUGGCGGAGGGCUGCCAGCUGAGUGGGCGAAGUACCUUGGUAGGUCAUUCAGAUGUUUGCUGAAAAGGACUAGGGACUUGAGGUUGCGGCUGCAGUUGGCUACGACAGCCACCGGGUUUAUUGAUGUUAUUGAUUCAUGUAACAAUGCGUUGGAUAAGGUUCCUGAAAAUGCUGGGCCACUUGUCUUGAGGAAAGGGCAUGGAGGAGCUUAUCUCCCUUUGAUGUGAAAAUUUGGGCAUGAAUCACUUGAAAUUGGAUCCUUGAGAUCUUGAACACGAUUUUAGCGGUGCUGCAUUAUGAUAUCAUCACGACAGAUCUCCUGCAAUUCUCUGUGAACAGCACCAAGCAAAGCAUGCCAAGAAAUCAACAUCAUGUACUAACAAUGAGUUUGGAGUUUUCUCCAAGAUAGCCAAGUAGAAGCAGCAUCAAUCCUUGAUGAAGACUAGGCAGGUUGUUUUUUUUACAGAAAUCUUGUGAAUAUAAUGCAGUUUCGGCAUCAUUUAAAAAAAAAAAAAAAACUUUUCCCCCAACUUUUUCAUACUGGGGCGAGCUGAUUUGAGUGUACGAGUGAAAUUUUGGCCUGUAAGAAAUGUACAUGAUGAGAACUGUACAAUAUGUACAUAGAUAUUUGAAGUGAAAUUUAUCUGAAUUGGCUGGUUUUUCUUGAGGUA